AUGAGGACGGACAGGGACGCGACAUAUUGGUCCAUGUCCAUUUCAUUUGAGUGCACCGGUAUUUCGGUCGACCAGCGUAUAGACUGUGCGCCCGAAAAGGCCAUCAAUAAGACUGAAUGCACGGCCAGGAAGUGCUGUUUUGUUGAACCCGAGACUCCCGGUGCUAAUGAUAACAAACACGUACCGACAUGUUUUAUGCCCAAAGUAUACCCUGGGUACAAAGUGAAAGGCAUAAUCCGCGAGUACGCCCACCUAAUCGUAAACCUUGAACGCCAGACCCCAUCAGGCUUUCCAAAUGAUAUCAAAUCCGUAUUCCUUGAGAUAACACUACUCGACAACCUGUCC